AUGCCACCUAAAACUAAAACACGAGAAUCAACAGCUGAAAAAGACACAACAUUAUCAAUUCAACAAUCAGUUGCUGUUAGUACAGAUCUUCAUGUCAAUGAAAGUGUAUCAAUUGAUUGUGAUUCUGGUGGACCAACACCAAUUACAAAAUUAGAUAAAUCAUGUGGUAUUGGUAAUGCAGAUUUAAAAAAAUUACAAGAAGCUGGAUUUUGUACAGUAGAAUCUAUUGCUUUUGCACCAAGAAAAAGUCUUUUAGCUGUUAAAGGUAUUAGUGAUGCAAAAGCAGAUAAAUUAGCUGCUGAAGCAGCUAAAUUAGUACCAAUGGGUUUUACUACAGCUACUGAAUAUCAUCAAAAACGUUCUGAAAUCAUUCAAUUAACAACUGGUUCAAGAGAACUUGAUAAACAAUUACAAGGUGGUUUUGAAACUGGUUCAAUUACGGAAUUAUAUGGUGAAUAUCGUUGUGGUAAAACACAAUUAUGUCAUCAAGUAGCUGUUACUUGUCAAUUACCAAUUGAUAUGGGUGGUGGUGAAGGCAAAGCAAUUUAUAUUGAUACAGAAGGUUCAUUUCGACCUGAACGUUUACUAGCUAUUGCUGAACGAUAUGGUCUAUCAGGUCAAGAUGUUUUGGAUAAUAUAGCUUAUGCUCGUGCUUAUAAUACUGAUCAUCAAAUUCAAUUAUUAUAUAUGGCAACAGCUAUGAUGUGUGAAUCAAGAUAUGCUGUAUUAAUUGUCGAUAGUGCCACAUCACUUUUUCGAACUGAUUAUUCUGGUCGUGGUGAAUUAGCUAAUCGACAAAUGCAAUUAGCAAAAUUUAUGCGUAUGUUAUUACGUAUAACUGAUGAGUUUGGUGUGGCUGUUGUACUUACUAAUCAAGUUGUUGCUCAAGUUGAUGGUCAAGCAAUGUAUGGUGAUCAAAAGAAACCUAUUGGUGGUAAUAUAAUGGCUCAUGCAUCAACAACACGACUCUAUUUAAAAAAAGGUAAAGGUGAUUCACGUAUAUGUCAUGUUGCAGAUAGUCCAUGUUUGCCUGAAACUGAUGCAGUUUUUGCUAUUGGACCUGAAGGCAUUGUUGAUGCUGCACCUAAAGAUCUUUCUUGA